UUCUCCGCUGUGGUUUACAUGUGCAGAUACAGGACUUACUUGCAGGUUUCUGGGUCAGGAUUGUGUUAUGAUGAUGGACUCUACAGUGCUGGAGGCUGAAAGAGGCGCCGCCGCCAUUAAAUCACAGUUUCUCACCAGUAAAGAGAAGUUUCAUGAGUUCCUGUCGUCGGGCCGCUCGAGUCAGAAGAAUGAAGAAGAUCCAGAUGGAGGAGAACCAGAGAAGAAGAAGAUCCGGCUGGAGAAUGAAGGAGAAACAGCAGAACAGGAGAAGAAGAAGAUAAAGAUGAGAGGACAGAAUAAAAGCAGACCGCAUGUUAAACCACACACCUAUGAGGAUAAACGCCUCUGCACCUCCAUCAUUCAGGAGCGAGACUCUGUGUGUCCGUAUGGUGAGAAGUGUCGCUUUCUGCAUGAUGUGAGCGAGUAUCUGUCCACGAAAGCUGCGGAUCUGGGUGAUCAGUGUCACCUUUUCAACACCUUGGGGAAGUGUCCGUAUGGCCUGACCUGCCGCUACGCUAAAGCACACACCAGCGCCGAUCUGAAGAACAUGGUGAACACGGAGCUGUACAGAGCCUCUGCUGGCCGAGAAAACACCACCAACCUGCUGGACAAGGAGCUGCAGAAACGCCUGCGCAAAAAACAGCAGAGAUUCCCCGGAGCAGACGCAUUUCUGAAGAGCAUCAGCCGCGCACCCAGACCUGAACACAACAGCAGAGAGCAGAGAGAAAAACAUGAAGAUCAGAGACAAAAACAUGAAGAACAGAGAGAACAAACUGAUGAGCAGAGCAAAAAUACUGAAGAUCAGACACAAACUAAUAACCAAAGAGAAAACGCCAACAUUCAGAGCAAAAAUACUGAAGAUCAGAGACAAAGUGUGGAAGAUCCAAGCAAAAACGGUUCUGAUUCUGCCAAUAGACGAGAGACACAGGUUCCUCCUAUAAAGACCAUUGGGCCCAUUACUGAUGCCGACAUCAUCAAACUGAGACCCUGUGAAAAGAAACAGGUGGAUUUCAGAGACAAGCUGUAUCUGGCUCCUCUUACUACGUGUGGAAAUCUGCCGUUCCGGCGUGUGUGCAAGCGGUUCGGAGCUGACAUCACGUGUGGAGAGAUGGCCAUGUGCACUAAUCUGCUGCAGGGUCAGGCGUCUGAAUGGGCUCUUCUGAAGAGACAUGCCUCAGAGGACCUGUUUGGUGUUCAGCUGGAAGGAUGUUUUCCAGACACUAUGACCAGAUGUGCCGAGCUGCUCAACCAGAACAUCGAUGUGGAUUUUGUGGAUAUAAACUCCGGCUGCCCCAUCGAUCUCGUUUACAAGAAGGGUGGCGGAUGUGGACUCAUGACCAGAACCAGCAAGUUUGAGCAGAUUGUGAGAGGGAUGAAUUCAGUGCUGGACGUUCCUCUAACAGUGAAGAUCCGCACAGGAGUCCAGCAGAACAGCAACAUCGCACACAAGCUGAUCCCCGAGAUGAAGAAGUGGGGCGUUUCACUCAUCACGCUGCACGGACGCUCACGCGAGCAGCGAUACACCAAACUGGCGGACUGGGAUUAUAUCAACACGUGUGCGCAGCUCGCCGCUCCAGUGCCGCUGUUCGGUAACGGUGAUAUUCUGUCAUAUGAAGAUGCCAUGAAGGCCAGAGAAACAGGAGUGUCGGGGAUCAUGGUGGCCAGAGGAGCGCUGAUCAAACCGUGGCUCUUCACUGAGAUCAAGGAGACUCGGCACUGGGAUAUCUCCUCCACCGAGCGUCUGGACAUCCUGCGGGAUUUCACACACUUCGGCCUGGAGCACUGGGGCUCCGACACUCAGGGUGUGGAGAAAACACGCAACUUCCUGCUGGAGUGGCUCUCCUUCCUGUGCAGGUAUAUUCCUGUGGGUCUGCUAGAGCGAGUCCCGCAGAGGAUCAAUGAGCGGCCGCCGUUCUACAUGGGUCGAGAUUACCUGGAGACUCUGAUGGCCAGCCAACAUGUGGACGACUGGAUCCAGAUCAGUGAGAUGUUGUUGGGGCCGGUGCCUAAAAACUUCAGUUUCCUGCCCAAACACAAAGCCAACGCUUAUAAAUGAUGACCGGCUGCAGGGAAAAUGAACAGAAUAACAGAACAAAAGUGCUUUUGUAGUUUUAUUUAAAUCUAGUUUGAAUAUGAUUCAUGAUUUGAGUUGAAGCUACUAUUAUCAUUUCAUUUUAUUGAGUUUAAGCAGUGAGAUAUGAAUGCUGUAUGUUUUAUAAUAAAUAAAACUGGAACUGUC